AUGCCCCACAACACUAAGAGACACUCGAAAACGCCAGGCCAAGUACAGAAAACGGUCCGGGACCACUUCACGCAACCAACUAAAAACCGGAAUGAAGAUCUACUUGAGGAUCAGAGUGACUCUGAAUCCCUUGGGGAUGGAUCCCAACCUGACCUUACACCUCAGGUCAGAUCACAACACCUGAUCACAGAGGACACCCUCAAAAAAAUGCUAGCAAACCAAACCAUCUCCAUAACUAAGGAAAUUCAGCGCAAUCAUGCUGAAUUCCGCAAGGACAUCUCUGAGAUUGGGGACAGAGUGGACUCCCUGGAAAGAAAACAGGACGAUCUUGCUACCGACCAUACCAACCUGACCAGAUCAGCCAACUGGAAUUUAAACUCGCCGAUGUGGAGGAUAGGGCCCGCAGAAACAACAUGGUCUCUCCCACGCAAUAUCCUAGCGGACAUCCCCUUUAGGGAGGAGUUGCGAGGGGAUCUUAUAGAUCUCAUCCAACUCAAUGGCAACGGCCAGACUGCCGAUGACACACUCUGGGGAGCCAUUAAGGCGGUAACCAGAGGCUAUAUCAUCCGCAAGCAAGCCCGCCUUAGGAAAUUAGCCGGACUCUCCCUAGCCCAAGCCCACUGUAGACUAAGACUACUGGAAUCUGCUAACAGAACCAACGUCACGGAAGCAUUGUCAUCCCAGAUCUCAGCGGUGCGCUCGCAUAUUAGCUGUCUAGAAUUGCGACGUACCCAAGAGAAUCUCACAAGACUUAAACAGAUGUUUUAUUAUAAAGGCAACAGGGCAGACACACUGUUAGCGAAUAAACUACGCCAGCGGAACAGUAUGUCUCGCAUACACCAAAUCUUUUACAACAACCAGACUCACAAGCUCCCCUCACAGAUAGGGGACUGCUUCUCAGACUACUACUCUAAGCUCUAUGAUCUUGAGGGUACUGAGAUCGAGGCCCCCGCCUCCACUCAACAGAUUAGAGAAUUUCUCGAUUCCUUAAACCUACCCUCUCUAUCGACGGAACAACAGGAGUCCCUGACUAAUCCGUUCACUCAGUUGGAAGUUAAGCAGGUCAUCCAGCGACUUAAAUCUCUUAAGGCCCCUGGUCCUGACGGAUUUCCUGCACAGUUCUACAAAUCCUACAGCCAAGAACUAGUGCCGCUACUCCUUAGGUUUUUUAACACUGCCAGACAAGGAGGAAGCUUUAAAAGGGAAUUUUUGGAGGCUGAGAUCAUUAUGAUCCCGAAACCAAACAAAGACCCCUCUCUCUGCCCCAACUAUAGGCCUAUUUCGCUUAUAAACGUGGACAUAAAAAUCUAUUCCAAGCUUAUUGCGAAUCGAAUUUGCAAACUUCUGCCUACCCUGGUCAACCCAGAUCAGAUUUUAAUAACAAUUCUGUUAUCCUAUUUGCAACGACGUGCAAAACAUAAGAAAAGUGAAGACAAAGUUCCAAUUGGAAACCGAUUUGGCUUUAUUGUGCCAGUGAACUUUCUAAACAGCUAUUCAAACAGAUGGUCAUAUGGAGCUGCAUGUGGUGCAACUGCUACAACUGUAUUUCUGCUCUUCUUCAAUGAGUAUUCUAAUUACUUCAAAUUUAAUGCCCCUCCCUGGGCUAAAGUCCUGGUCACCCUCCUUUGUUCUCUGGAGGUUGGUGUGGAUUAUUACCCUUUCUUCGCCUGCUUGUCAACAAGUCACAGAGUCAUUGGCUCAGUUUUGGGAUUUUCAUAUGCUUUAUGCUGGUUUUGUGUGCAGUUGGCAGAUUUAUUUGAAUGUCAGAAGAUGGUUAAUGUCUCUAUCUCCAUCAUCUUUGUCCCAGUCCCGUCUCUGGCUUGCUGCUUGUUUCUAAUGGGAAAGUUUCUGCACACAUUGGUUGAAACAGGAAUUGCUUAUUACAGAUCUAAGGAAAUACAGGAGGAAGAAGAACCUUUGCUUCCUAAGCAUCAGAUAAACUAUGUAAAAAAUCUUCUGAAACAUCCACUGGAAGGGGAUGGUCUGGACACACAAAGCAGAUGGAAGAUUUACAAAUGGGAUCCGUACUUCAAGUUCCCUACCAGGAUGAUUGUAACUUCUGUGCUAUGUCUGAUCUGUUUAUACAAUUUUGUUUUAGUGGACUUAAAUGUCUCCCCGAAAGCUGUACGAGGACUGAACAAGUGGAUUAUGGGAGCAGUUAAUCUUGCUCAUGCUAACCAGACAAAAAGAAUCCUGUUCUUGUUGAAAGAGAGCUGGUUUUAUUCAACAUUCCCUUCCAUCUUUACCAGUGUUAUUUAUAUAUUGCUCCUUUUAUCCUGCUACAGGAAACAAAUGAAGGAGCUUUAUAAAGGUACUUCUGAAUUCACCUGUUCAAAUCGUCCACCAGUGGUCUUGGCUGCUUGUAUACGAUAUACAGGAAAUCAAAUUGCGUAUUUACUUUGGGGAUAUUUUAUUUUGCAUGUUUUGUUCUUCCUGAUAAGUCUGCUGUUAACAUUUUGUAUCAUACUCCCAAUACAAGAGGGGAAUGGGCUGCAGAUCCUGGAAGCCUUGGGCUAUGCUGUGCUAGGAAUUGCACUCAUGGUGGGUGUCAUCAUUGCUCAAGUAAUUGCAGCUCACUUCUUGUUUCUACAAGACAAACUCUACCCAACGGACCAGAGCAAACCAUUGGCUAUUAACAACAGGAGAGGCUUCCAAAACUUCAAUUAUUUCUUCAUGUUCUACUCUGUUAUCAUGGGAUUGGGAGCAUGCCUAUUCAGGGUCAUACUCAACGUGUUCUUAGGAAGCUGGUUACUGGCCAGGAUUGACCUACCCCUUUUCCCAAGAGGCUAUGAAGGGGUUGAUAUGGGAUACAACACAUGGACUGGAAUGCUGCAAGUAGAUUUGUAUCAUACCCAUCCCGUGGCUCUAUCCUUCUGUCACCUACUAAUACAAGACGUGGCCAUCAGGAAGCAGAAAAGUGCAGAUGUGCUACCAAACAACGUGAGAAAUCAAGGGAGAAUAAAAUGGCACCUGGCUUACACUUUGAUAAACAAUCCAGCACUCAUCAUCAGCCGAAAACAAAAAAAUUGUUGCCAGUCCACAUUUACUUCAAGUCAAGGGGCAUUGGAGAGGUUACUGAUUUCGGCUGUACGCACUCGUUACCAGAAACAGAUACAGACUAAAAACAAUAUAGGAACGUUAUCAAGGGCAGGGAGCAUGGAAGAUGAAAAUAGAAUAUAAAUUAUACAUGUUGUUAGCAGCACAUUCUGCUAUGGAAACUACACCAACCAGCUGCUUCUGUGCGGAUAUUUGGACAUUUUAUUGCAAUAUAUUAUAUAAAUUCACAUUCAUUAGUAUUUGAAUUGUGCUGUCAUAAGAAACCUUUCAGCCAU